AUGAGACUGGUCAUUAAAGAAACUAGCGAAGACGUAAGCGAGUGGGCUGCUAAAUAUCUUAUUAAAAAAAUUAACGAUUUUAAACCGAGUGCGGACAAACACUUUGUGCUUGGAUUACCCACCGGUGGCACCCCGCUGAGAAUGUACGAGAAACUAAUUGAAUAUUAUCAUGAUGGUGAAAUCAGUUUCAAAUACGUCAAAACGUUUAAUAUGGACGAGUACGUUAACUUACCAAAGGACCACGAACAAAGCUACCAUUAUUACAUGUGGAACAAUUUCUUUAGAAAAGUCGACAUUCCCCCGGCCAAUGUCUCCCUACUGGAUGGUAACGCAUCUGACCUAGAUAAAGAAUGCAGGGAAUACGAGGAAAAAAUCGUCGAAGCCGGUGGAAUUGACUUGUUCAUAGGAGGAAUAGGACCAGACGGGCACAUAGCUUUUAACGAGCCAGGUUCAUCGUUAGCAUCACGUACGAGAGUUAAAACACUGGCCCAAGAUACUAUAAGAGCUAACGCUAGGUUCUUUGAUGAUGACAUAUCGAAGGUACCUAAGAAAGCUCUUAGUGUAGGCGUAGGCACUGUGAUGGAUGCUAGAGAGGUAAUGAUUUUGGUAACUGGCACGCAAAAAGCGUUUGCUUUAUACAAAGCUGUAGAAGAAGGAAUAAAUCAUAUGUGGACUGUUUCUGCAUUCCAACAACAUCCACAUACUGUGAUUGUAUGUGAUGAAGAUGCCACAUUAGAAUUAAGAGUUAAAACCGUCAAGUAUUUUAAGGCUCUGCCGGAUGUCGUUGAUUUAACCGAUUUGUAUUCUGGACGAACUCCACCAACUCGAGACGACAGAUACAAGCAAACAGACAGAACUCAAAAUCAAAAAGUAAAACUCGAGAAACAUAAAACGUAG